AUGGAGAAGGGCAAAAAGCGUACAAACUAUCCCUGCGAUGGAUGCUCGCUUCGGCGAAGGGGACCGAAAGGACCUCGAUCGAGCACCACUCACAAGGUGGUGAACUACCAAGAACAAAUUCGACAGAAUCGGUCAGGCCUCCCUCUGCCGGCCCGUGGCCCAUCGCAAAGUCCCAGAUCGCCGUCAACUCCCGGCGUGGAGAACGAGAGUACUACCCAGCAAAACUCCUUGGAGGUUUACAUCGAAUACUUGGACAAGUUUCGAGGCCAUCUAACAUGUGUUUGGCCUGUCGUCAACGUGGAAUCACUAAAAUCCCGAAUCAGUGGUUCGCCGGAUGAUCACGAUGCAUGGGCAUUAGCUGGAGCCAUCUGUGCUACGGUAAUUGCUCAGCUACGACUAUCUCAAUUGCGGCUUUCCAAGCAGCACAACUUGGUCUCAGAUGACAACAGCAUUGCGGAAAGCUUUGCAUAUCAUGCUCAACUCUCGCAUAACCUGAGCAAUCAGCAUCAUCAAAGCACUUACUACAAGGAAGAUACGACAGAGUCUUUACUGACUGCGUUCUUUCUGCACAUCUACUUCGCCAAUACAGAACGCAUCAGGCUAGCCACGGUUUACCUACACGAAGCAAUUGCUCAAUUACAUUUGCAAAGCCUCCACCGCCCAGAGAUCCUGAUUGGCCUCGCAGAGGAGCAAAGAGAAUUGCUGUUGCGGAUCUUCUGGUUGGUGUUCGUAACUGAGAGGACAUUCUGCGUGCAGAACUGUUUCCCACCAUGCCUCAAGCCGAUCCAGACUUUCCCGCUCUCCGGAUUUCACAUCCAAGGAGUGGGCGAAGUAGACGCUUCCUUCCAACUCCUCGCUCAGCUCUUCACCCUACUCGACGAUAACAUAGUCAUGGCGGCGGACCGAGGGGGGGUCACCCCCGACUCCAGCAAAGCCGACAACCUCUACAGCGCCCUCUCGGCCAUGGCCAAGCAGGACUUCUCGGCCCUGGCCCCCAACCUCCCAGAGACGCAGCGAGUGAACGUGCUGAUGACGGGGAAUUGGAUCCACAUACUCUGGUGGCAGUUCGCUCUGAGCCACUACCAGAUGUCUAGCCGCAUGGAUGAUGCAAUGCUCUCCAUGCUGAAGCCUGCCAAGGUUGCUCACGAGACCAUGCGUCUUCUCGGGUCUGUUUCUCAGCAGGCCAUUCGGACCCACGGAUAUGGCCUAGAGCUGAAAGUCUUUCGUAUUGCCGAUGCUCUCAUCGACAUCCUGGCUUGUAACACGUGGUUGUCUAGUUCCCUGCAACCUGGAUGCAAUAGUAUGCUUCUGGGGGCUAGAGAUGUACUACACUCUCUUCAGAAGGCUCUUUUGCUCAUUGGCGGGCCCGAGUCUUUGUUUCACAAGAAGCUGAUGCUGGUUAUGGCCGAAUCACAACUACCAGUUCCGAAUGUGAAGACUUUGACGCCGUGCGAAGAAGAAGAAUGCGUUGAAGAUUCGUAG